CUCUCUCUCUCUCUUUCCCUGUUCCUCACGCUUUCACAUCGAUGAACACGCUGUGUGAUGAUUGCUACAUGUGGGCAACAGUAGAUGUCUCCAUACAAGAAGAGAGACAAGCUAACCCUGUCGGAGAAAAGAGACAUCUCCAGGCUCACUCAAAGGGCUGCCAUCUAUAACAGCAGUGCGCUCUAAAGGCAAAGCAACCCUAGAGCUCAAUAGUUGUAUUCGUACGACACAAUCAACUGGACGAGAUUGCAUUGCAAGGAAAUUCAGCCAUGAAAACUAGACUAGGGUGUCUGUCUAACAAGUCUGACUCAUGCAGCGAUUUUUCAGAAUUCCUACCCCCUACUCAAGAGAGGUCUACAAGAUAUUUAAAGCUGUCCAAUGAUGAAGUGUCCAGAUGGGCGGAGUCGUUUGAUGCGCUGCUGUCCAAUAAAUAUGGUAUGACAGCCUUCAGAACCUUCCUCAAAACAGAGUUUAGCGAUGAAAACAUUGAGUUCUGGUUGGCGUGUGAAGACUAUAAAAAGAUCAAAUCCCCUGCUAAGAUGAUGUCUAAAGCCAACAAGAUCUACAAGGAAUUUAUUGACGUCCAUGCACCCAGAGAGGUCAACAUAGACCACAGAACCAGAGAGGAAACCAAACGGAAGCUUCUGGAGCCAACGUCCAACAGCCUGAAUGAAGUCCAAGCAAAAAUAUACAGCCUCAUGGAGAAAGACUCCUAUCCCCGGUUUAUACGAUCAAAAAUCUAUCAGGACUUACUGAACAGAACACAGAUGCACUGUCAGAGAAAAUCAGUUUAAAUGAAUGUCUAUUAAAGACUUUUGGCUUGCCUGAUUAGUUGAUAUUGAGAAAAAACACAGACUUUAUUUGAGGAGCUCAGAUGCAAAAGGUGCUAAACGCCACCACCUCCAAAAAUGAGAUAAUGAUAUUUACUGAAUGCUCUCGGUGCGUAUUACACAUUGAUCAAAUACUUCUGCUUAAUCCCAGCCUCAGGUCAUUCAGGAAUACCGGUUUGUUGGCAGAAUCCAUUAAGAGUCUGAUACAUGAGUAUUAGACUCACUUAGUGAGCUUUGGCAUCUGAGCUCUUCAACUGUGAUAUAUAGCAUAGUCUGGGUGUUUGUAGAUACUUUAUGAGUAAUCAGAAAACGAUUAGUCAAAAACAAACUAGUUCCUUACUAGUUGGUGCAUCUAAAGUAAAACAUGGCCCUGUACUGUGGUUUAUUCGUAACAUGUGACUCUCCUUCAUAAUUGUGAUAGAAUGGUCAAUGUUCUUUCUGAAUGCUGGCAAGCAUGAAAAUGUAAAUAUAGUCUCUACAUGGAUAAUAUGUUUUAGUAGAUAAUAAUAAUUUAUUUUUCUUAUCUUUAAUGUAUCUUACAUAUUUCAACUGAAUUGUUGUGGUACAUGGAAUGUUUACCCAAAAAUAAAAAUUCUAAAUAAUAUAAUUUAGAAUAUAAUUUCUUUGUUCUGCUGAACACAAAGGAAGAUAUUUGUAAUAAAGCAGGAAACAGAAGCACCACUGACAUCCAUAGUAGGAAAAAUCCAACUAUGGAAGUAAAUAGUUCUCAAAAAUGGUUUUGUUACAAACAUUGCUUAAAAUAUAUUCCUUUGUGUUCAGCAGAACAAAAAUGAAUAUGUAAAUGUCGACAAAAUUUUCAUUUUUGGGUAAACUAUCCCUUUAAGACUGUUUUAAGACUGUCAACCCAUGACAUGCCUACUGUGUUACUGCAUGCAGUCCUGGAUUGCACACACGGCCCACGCACUAUUCUGAUUGGCUGAGAUUUUGUAAUCGAUUGUGUCGCAUCACAACUUGCCUGCCACUGGAAUAUUGUUGGUGUAAUACUUAAUAAACUCCAAUAAAUAAACUCACACACACAACACCAGAAGUGGGGGAAAAUA